GUCUGCGCUUGCGCCGGGGCGCGGGGCCGGGGCGACCGCUCUACGCAUGCGUGACGCGGCCCUGCGCCGACGGCGGCGACAAGAUGGCGGCUUCCGUGGUCUGCCGGGUCGCGGGUGCUGGGGCGCGGGUCCUGCUGCACAGCCGCCGGGCGCAGCCGCCUCUGCUGCGCUCGUCCGCCGUGCGGGGCGCCGCCACCCUCGCGCAGGUCCUGCAGAGCGCGCCCGAGACGCGGGUCAGCCAGCUGGAGUCGGGGCUGCGCGUGGCCUCGGAGCAGACGUCGGGGCGCACCUGCACGGUGGGAGUGUGGAUUGAUGUUGGCAGCCGUUACGAGACUCAGAAGGACAAUGGAGUGGGCUACUUCGUGGAGCACCUGGCCUUCAAGGGCACAAAGAACCGGCCCGGCAGUGCCUUGGAGAAGGAGGUGGAAAGCAUGGGGGCCCAUCUUAAUGCCUACAGCACCCGGGAGCACACCGCUUACUACAUUAAGGCGCUGUCCAAGGACCUACCCAAAGCUGUGGAGCUCCUGGCGGACAUCGUGCAGAACUGUAGCCUAGAAGACUCGCAGAUUGAGAAGGAGCGGGACGUGAUCCUGCGGGAGCUGCAGGAGAAUGACGCAUCUAUGCGGGACGUGGUCUUUGACUACCUGCAUGCCACAGCCUUCCAGGGCACGCCUCUAGCCCAGCCUGUGGAGGGGCCCAGUGAGAACGUCAGGAAGCUGUCUCGUGCAGACCUGACUGAGUACAUCGGUAGGCAUUACAAGGCCCCUCGCAUGGUGCUGGCAGCGGCUGGAGGAGUGGAGCACCUCCAGCUGCUGGACCUCGCCCAGAAGCACUUCAGCAGCGUCUCUGGGACGUACUCAGAGGAUGCUGUGCCCAUCCUGGCUCCAUGCCGCUUCACUGGCAGCGAGAUCCGUCACCGUGAUGACGCCCUGCCUCUGGCCCACGUGGCCAUCGCGGUGGAGGGGCCUGGCUGGGCCCACCCCGACAAUGUGGCCCUCCAAGUAGCCAACGCCAUGAUCGGCCACUAUGACUGCACUUACGGCGGUGGCAAGAACCUCUCCAGCCCACUGGCGUCGGUGGCUGUGACCAACAAGCUCUGCCAGAGCUUCCAGACCUUCAACAUCUGCUACGCAGAGAACGGGCUGCUGGGAGCACACUUUGUCUGUGACGGUAUGAGCAUCGAUGACAUGAUGUUCUUCCUGCAGGGCCAGUGGAUGCGUCUCUGCACCAGCGCCACGGAGAGCGAGGUGGCCCGGGGCAGGAACAUCCUGAGAAACGCCUUGGUAUCUCAGCUGGACGGCACCACUCCUGUAUGCGAGGACAUUGGGCGGAGUCUCCUGACCUACGGCCGCCGCAUCCCUCUGGCUGAAUGGGAAAGCCGGAUUGCGGAGGUGGACGCCAGGGUGGUGCGCGAGGUCUGCUCCAAGUACUUCUACGACCAGUGUCCAGCGGUGGCUGGGUAUGGCCCCAUAGAGCAGCUCCCAGACUACAACCGGAUCCGUAGCGGCAUGUUCUGGCUGCGCUUCUGAGCAGGAAGCCUGUGCGGGCAGGAGGGCGGGCCGGGGCUCACGGCCCCACCUCAAACACACCACCAUUUUCAGACCUACCUUGCAGGUCACCCCCAAUAAAGUCUUGUGUUGACAA